CAUUGAGGAAGAAGAAGUCGGUCACCCGAGGGAAGCUGGGCACGUGCCAUAAGUUCUUCAACUGCUUCAACGACCACUGAGUGUGUUUUGGAAACGCUCUCUCGCUUCAGAGUUAGGCUCCAGCAGCUGCCGUAACAUGUCCUUCAGUCGCAGACCUCUGUUUGGACCUGCUUGGAUGAGUGGAGACACUGGGGUGAACAGUGGAGUGAUACCUGUCACGCUACCCUCAUCCUAUUUCAAGGCCUGCACGAAUGCCCAGCUGGCCCCACCGACCACACAGAAGAUCCCCGCAAUUUGUCCAGCUUCCAUCGAUGACGACGACACAGAUGAGGAGAGCCUCGAACAUCCUCCAGCCGUAACGGAGGUUAGCCUGCCUCACCACGACGACGACGAUGCCACCUUCCUUAGGCCCUGGUACACUGACGACGGGGACUUCGAAAACAAGAACGAGGACCUCUCCAUCAUGUCCUCCGUAGCCCCCUUGUGGAGCUUACAAAAGAAAGGGAGACGUCAGGAACCAGCGAAAGUCCCCCACGAGCACGACGUCACUGCACUCAUGGGGGAGCUAGGGCUUCAGGUGACUUCACUGGCAACGCCAAAGCCCCUGCCUGUAUCCAGUCCAAGGCCCCGGGCAGUGUUCAGCGCAGUGCGCGGUAUCCAGCUCUGCAAAGGCAUCCGCCCAGUGACUGCAGUUGCGGGCACAGCGCCUGAAUCUGGCGACCAUAGCAACGUCCAAGGAGACCAUGAAAGAGGCGUCCGCCCACAAGAGAGCGGAGACAACGUCUCCGGUGACGUUCGUUUUGAUUCGGAACCCACGACGCCACAGAGGAGCGAGGUGGCGGUAGCCCGUCCAAAGGGCAUUCAUAAACAAGAGCAAGAUGUGACGCGCAGAAAGAGCUUGGACGAAGCGACGUUCGCCCCGUCGGACGAACUUCCGCAAGCUCGGACUGCCCCUUACUCUAAAUUAACUGGAGACCGGGGAGAUUCCGACGAAGUCCUUUCUCCGGUCGGCGAUAUCAAGUCCAUGUCGUCACCUCAGAGGACGAAGAUGACCAUGAACCAAAUGUCUCCCCUCAGACUAUCACCGCCCACUAGAAAAAACUACCAAGCCCGAGGCGUCAAAAGCACUUUGAUGCCCAGUGCCACCGCGCACACCCGAACAGCGUCCUCCAGGCUGGCAUCUAGAAAAACAUAUGGAAUUUCAACGUCUUUCAAAAAAUUUCCCGAACCUGACGAAGAUUCAAGACAUCCUGAGAGCGACAGAAAAAUUCUGGGGAGAUUUCUUUCCAGUGGGAGCACCAGCGAUUUUCCAACAAUAGACUCUUUCCAUCCGCACUAUACCAGAUCUGAUGAGCUUGAGAACGACAUUAGUCCUGCUGGUGUCUUUGCGAACGGCGGGAACGACCUGAGAAAAACAACGGGAGCAUCAGCAUCGGGCGACACAAUGGCUCAUGGUGAAAAAUCGGAGCACAUCUCUUCCACAACUGGUUGUCCCGUAACAGCAGGCUCUCUCAAACGAGAUGGACUAAAAACUCCACCCAACAACUCUGGAGUUAAGAACAAGGUGGGCUCAUUCUCAGACUUCUUCUCCGGCGUCAUACUUGACCCACACUUCACUUCGACUCCCGUAACGAUCCACAAUGACCUGGAGAGUGCACUUGGCGAGGAACAGUUGUCAUGGCAAGGUUUUGAUGUGUUUCCUUCCAGUGAAUACUUCAAGGCUUUCGAAUCGUUUCCUCAGCCUACUGGCACAGAAGAGAGGUCAAUGUCCAUGUCAGGUGAUGUCUACGAGUCUCUGAGCACGGGAUUUCCGCCUAGCAGGUUAGUAGGCCGUGCAUCGCCAACUGCAUUCCAGGACAGUGAGAAUGCAUCGUCUCGCGCCCUCCCACCACGUGAAUGUGUGUCCUCCGUUGACUCAUUUUUCACGGUAGCGUCUUUCGACGAAGAUUCUCUCAGUACUGUUCUGUGUAACAGCCCUGCACGAAAUCGUGUUUCUGAGUGCCCAGCCACUGACUGCAGCCCGAGCAGUAAAAGUAACUGGACUUUCUACAGUGCCUCUACGACUGACAGUCGUCCUGGAAGCCAGGAGCUUUCGCCCAGCAUUUCUCAGCAAGACCUCAUCGACAUAUCGCUCUUCAACUCGACCACCAAAAACGAAACAACCUCAUCAGUUCCCAAGAUUGGAUCCGGAUAUCAGACAUCAUCUAUGGUAACUACCAGCUACACAUCGACAGAGGCAGAUGAACCCUCGAUACCGCCGGGUUUCGUGGAUGGGUCUGGCGGUUCCGAUGCUGUUGGUCUUCUUCCGGGCCCCGAAGAUUCUUCCACGGCUAGCCAAGGCAGCAACCGCGAAGGAUCACAAGUUUCGAAGCAGAAUGAAGAAUACUGGGGUUCUUUCCAGAGCCAUCCCCGCCUCUUGGAUGAGUCUUCUGAACCGUCGAGCUGCGGAAGCCCCUCGAGGUGGUCAGACAGCGAGGAGUGGAAGAUGUUUCUUUCAAGCGCGGAGUCUAGUACAAGCCCCAGCAACCUAUCUGGCUUUCAGAGCUACGAAGAGGAACAUGUUAGCCGUGCAAUGCGAAACGUAAUGCUCCCGCGCUACUUGAAACUCUCAAGCACGACAGAGAUGUUCGCCCCUUUCGAUCACCGUCCGCUACGACUUCCCGAUGACGACUCCAUUGUUACGAGUGAUUCUUUGCGUCUAGUUCGUGGGUCAAAGUCAGUAACGUCGGACACAACGGUAACAAGGAGCGAAGCGUCCCAGUCUGUACUAGAGCGGCCAUCGGCGACGUCCAUCUCGAUGCCAGAUUUGAACAAUUUCCACGCAAGAGAAAAGGGGGAGGAGUCCUACAUUAUGGACAUGGCGUAUACAACGUGCAUGCCAGUGGCAGAUAAUGACCCUUCUGUCUGGAGUACAGAGUCCAACGGCUGUACUGAGCUGAACUUAUCUCCAGAGUCGUCUCUGUCUGCGAUAAUGGAAAUUUAUUCCAGAGAUAGUGGUGCUACGAAAUAAGUGAGGUAGCAAAGGAAAGACGUUCGCGCUUCGCCUGGUUAUUAAUAAAUUGAGUUUACA